CGCUUAGGCAGGAGCCGCGAAACAGUUGUUUAUAAUACGAUUAUUAAUACAACAAUCCGACUGGAAAAUAAAAUCUGCUGUUACGCGUGGAAUAAAAUCUUAAGUGCAGAUGAAGAAGCAUGCGUUCAGCGAAAGAAUCCUCGACGGCCCUCCGAAAAUCGUAAUCGUGUCUCAAUUGAUUUUGAAAACAUUCGGAAGUUUAUGCUGGGCAGCAGCCAUUUCCGUUACCUUGCUAGCCUUGCUAUAUCAAAGAACUGAUCAGAAUCACAUCAGAACUAUGUUUUGUGCUACGAGAGAUAUCGAUGUAUCCAGUUGAAUGCCUUAUUUCGUUUGAAAGAAACAGUGUUAGGCACUUCCAUCGAUUUCACUACGUUCGUUCGACAAGACUGAUCUUCAAUGUUUUCUUUCCAACCUCAGAAUCAGGUGUUGUAUCAUCUGGCACAAUUAACUUCGGUGGUUAGCCCAAAAUCCACGUCGUAUUCGAGCAAAGGCAAAAGACAAAAUGAGUUUAAAAAAGCCGCGGAUGACAUCUCUGCUCCCAGGAUGUCAAAGGCCACGAAAAGUUCUAUGGAUAUGUUAAUAGGCAAAUUAAAUAUGUACGAUGUGAUGACAAUGCUCGACAUAAGAACGAAUAAUGUACUGGUAGUGUUAGACCAACUUUCUAUGAAGAUCUUUAAGAGAAAUUUAGAGAAGGAUAAUAAGUGGAGAGUAUCCUACGUAUCCGGAUUGAAUUUCGCAGAGAAUAAACAAAAAUUUACGAGUACACAAUUUACCGACGAAAUUCUUAUGCCCACUGUGUAUUUAUCAUCGAAACAGCAGCAUAGGACGUUAUGUACUUUUUGUAUUAAAAAUCCGUUUAAUUAUCAUGUACAAAUCCGUAGUUUUAGAACAAAGCGUAACGUAAAUGCUGAAUUGGAAAAAGAGUCGUCCUUUAUAAAUAGAUUUAAAAAAUGGCUCGGUCAUUUCUCGAGAACGAACACAGGGAUAGCACACGUCUUGAAAGAGAAGGACCCAGCGGCGAUUAAAAAUUUGUUCAAUAGUUCUCAGAUGUCGACCGAGGAACACAAAAGAGUGACCUCGGCUUUUAUAGAAGGAUACGAAGCAGGACUUCAACGCCAAAUACGUACGAGCAUAGGAUGGCAUAAAAUAAUAUUUAGCUUAUUAACGGGAACUUUAUUAGUGAUAAUCUGGUACGGAGUUUAUGCAGUAGGAAGUGGACUAAGAUUUUCAAUGGACGGUAUUAGAUUUAGACCAGAAACAACAGAUAUAACUUUUAACGAUGUCAAAGGGGUUGCAGAAGCCAAACAAGAGUUGAGCGAUAUAGUUGAAUUUUUGAAGAAUCCAGAGAAGUUCUCCGCGCUCGGCGCAAAAUUGCCUAAAGGUGUGUUAUUGGUAGGACCACCUGGAACGGGAAAGACACUGUUAGCUCGUGCAGUGGCUGGCGAAGCCGGAGUGCCAUUCUUCCAAGCAGCUGGGCCCGAAUUCGAUGAGAUUUUAGUGGGGCAAGGUGCGCGUAGAAUGAGAGACCUAUUCAAAGCGGCAAAAGAAAAAGCGCCGGCCGUAAUAUUUAUAGACGAAAUUGAUUCCGUCGGUGCUAAACGAACGAAUUCGGCACUCCACCCAUAUGCGAAUCAAACAGUAAAUCAAUUACUUACAGAAAUGGACGGAUUCCUUCAGAACGAAGGUGUCAUAGUAUUAGGUGCAACGAAUAGGCGCGAUGAUUUGGACAAAGCUCUGAUGCGACCUGGUCGUUUCGACGUCGAAGUCGUCGUCGACAUACCCGACUACAUGAGCCGAAAGGAGAUCUUCGACUUGUAUUUGUCGAGAGUAUUGACGCAAGAAGUCGACGCAGAUUACCUAGCGAAGUGCACUGUAGGAUUCACCGGAGCUGAUAUAGAGAACAUGGUGAAUCAAGCCGCUUUGAGGGCAGCUAUAAACGAUGCCGAAUACGUGACGAUGAAACACUUAGAAUACGCGAGAGACAAAUUGAUCAUGGGCCCGGAAAGAAAAUUAAGGAUCAACGACAACGAGACUAAUAGUAUUACGGCAUAUCACGAAGCUGGACACGCGUUAGUCGCAUAUUACACUAAAGACGCGCCGGCGUUACAUAAAAUAACUAUCAUGCCUCAUGGCCAUUCCUUGGGACACACCGCGUUUCUGUCGAACAAAGAUGAACUUCACAUGACAAAAUCAAAAUUACUGGCGCAAAUGGACAGCGCGAUGGGUGGUCGCGCUGCGGAGGAAUUAAUCUUCGGAUCCGAGAAAGUGACCGCAGGAGCACAGAGCGAUUUCAGGGCGGCAACCUCUAUCGCAGAGGAGAUGGUAAAUUUGUACGGUAUGUCCGAGAGAGCUGGUUUCGGGGUUCGCAUGGGCAAUCGAAUAGAAGGGUAUCAGUCGGGGCCUAGUACGAGCGAUCUAGUAGAUAACGAAGUGAAACGCCUUUUACAAGAAUCGUACGAUCGUGCGAAACAGAUAUUACAAAAACACGGGAAGGAACUUAAUAAAGUAGCGGACGCGUUAUUAAAAUACGAAACGUUGAGUUACAAGGACGUUAAAGCUGUAAUUAACGGGGAAAAGAUUCCGACGGAAAAUCUGAAAAGCCCACCGCGAAUCAUAGAACCGUCCGAGCAUGUAUUAUAACUAGCCGUGGCGAAAUUCAAUUUGAAAUGCUGACUAAAAUAAAUUAUUUGAUGCAUCAUCGCAUUUUAUAAUUACGAUUUACGUUGCUUUACAAUUAUAGUUUUUACACGGGACGCAAAAUUAUUCGGAAGCCGUAUCUAACUUUCAAUCGACGACAUUGUACGUGGUUCGUUAGUUCUAUUCAUUCGCAUGAUUUUCGCUUAAAACGUCGGCGUCGAGACAAUGUAGAAAAGUUAUAUAAAAUAUGUGAGAUAUUGUACGUAAUUAUAUAUGCAAGCGAGAUUGUAUAUAAUUAUGUACUGUAAAAAGUCUUAAUACGUUUUAACAAGGUUUAUAGCAAUAAUAUCAUAGUUAGACUCACAGUUUAUAUAAUUCUAUAAUAGAAUCGGAUCAUGUACUUGUAAAAAUGUGUUUCAUUAUUUCAUUUCGAUCCUUGGUAUCAUCGGGGGGGAAAACGUUGCCAGUCAUUUUCCAUUGUGGAUCUCUAUGAAAGGGACAGAUACGUUUAUCAGUAAACGGUCUUAUCCGUUACCAGGUACUUAACUGUUUCAUUAGAAAAAAGUACUUACCGUUCAUUUUGUUCGAGCAAGUAAAACCGACGAUAGAGAAAUUAAUAUUGAGACCGUGCAGUGUUAACAUUUUAUUUACCAUACAGAUAUUAUAAAUUAUACAAAAUUAUAUAUGUAUUCAUAUAUAUUUUAUAUUCAGUAUAAUCCCUAUCUGUCUUGUCAUUAUACCAUAAAAACUACGCUAAAUUAUUAUUGCAACUAGAUCGAUUUAAUACAUCUUUGAAUGACUAUGCUUCCUCAUUGAUGCUCGUCGUUUUACUAAUUCAUCCAAAAGGGUCGAUUAAUGCCACUCGAUAAAAGGAUCGUGUCGAACGUAAUCGAAAUAAAUAAUCUGGCUAAACUCGCAGAAUGAGCAAAUAUGCGAAUCAAGGGGAAUAAGGUGGUAAUAAAGUUUCUAGAAAAUUAAGGUAUACGUAAUAUAUGUACAAUAAAAUUGACGUACGGGAAAAAACCGUUUAUAAAAAUAUUCGUACAAAUAUCACAGCUCACUAACUCCGAGAGAUGACAACAGUUAAAAACGUUCUCUAAACAUUUGAUAGUCAAUAAAGAAAAUUCGUUAAUCCGAGAACAGGACAUAGGCAUAUUUCAGUUCAACAAUGAAACAGUGAAUCAAACGAUAUCUACGUAUAGUUCUAUCUUAUCAUAUACUUUUUAAACUUCUGAUACCUGUUCGAAACCUCGACCACCGCUUACAAGUAUCGCUACCAUUUUCAUAUAAAAAAUAAACGUUACUUUUCGCUAACGUAUGCACGUAGUACAAAUUGGAUCAUGAUCAACUCUCAAUACGAAAGAACGUCAAAAAUACUCGUAGCAAACUGACCGAUAGGAAAUGUACAAUUUGUAAAAUGUCUAAAGUCAUCCGAACGUCGUAUAAUUUAUAGAUGAAGAGAAAGUCUAAAUUACAAAGAAGAUGCGUCAGAAACUUGAUAAACCCAUAAACGUAUGAAUUUAGUGUACAAAGCUUGCCUCUGAAUUAAAGUAGAGAAAGAUAUAUAUAUGUAUCUGUAAGUUUUAUUAUGAGGAAUAAAAAAAAAGGGGAAUUACGAUUCUUCCAUGUUUCUUCGUACAAUGA